CUCCGCAGCGCGGCCUCUGCCAGCAGGGGGCGCUGCAGUGAGCGGGGCGGGGGGCGCUCGCUGUGGGGGAGCUCCCGGCUAGUCCAGCCGCAGCCUCUCCCAGCAGGGGGCGCUGCAGGGAGCAGGGUGGCAGCGCUGCCCCACAAACACACUCCCCGUGGCCUCAGGCUCCCUGUCCCCGCCCCCCACCCUCAUGCUGAUUGCUGCCUUCUGCCUUAGCCCUGUCAGGUGCAAAAGGAAAUGACAGCAAAGAGGAAAUAAGUUUGCAGUGCUUGUGGGGAGCGCCCUGGACUGAGGUGUUGGCAAGGGACGGAUGCACGGCCGUGCCACUUGGGCACUGCUCCAUUGGGAAUGGCCCCAGCACAGAGCACGAGCUAAGGGGAUUGGGCACAUUGAAGGGUGCUGGGCUCGUGGGCAUGGCGUCUGGCCCCAUGUCCUCCGCCGACUCCUCCAGCCACAGUACCCUGGAGGAGCUGUCCGAUGCCUUCGAUUCGGCCCUGGGGCGACAUGACGACUCCAGCUCACUGGGCUCCGACUCUGAGCUGAACGGGGCCGCCCCCUAUCGCCAGACCGACCGCUAUGGCUUCCUUGGGGCCAGUGGUGCCCAGGAUGGCCUGGGCCAGCCCCCAGUAGAGCUCAUCUGGCACCGGGAAGCCAGAUGGCUGGAGAUGACAUCGCACUGGGAGAAGGCCAUGGCCAGGAGGUACAAGAAGGUGAAGGUCCUGUGCCGUAAAGGGAUCCCCUCGUCCAUGCGCGCCCGCUGCUGGCCCCUGCUGUGCGGAGGGCAGGCCAGCAUGGACCGCAACCAUGGCAAGUACAAGGAACUGGAACAGUCACCUGGCGACCCACAGUGGUUGGAGACCAUUGAGAAGGACAUCCACCGCCAGUUCCCCUUCCACGAGAUGUUCCUGUCGCCUGAGGGACAUGGGCAGCGAGGGCUCAUGCAGCUCCUGAAGGCCUACACCGUGUAUCGGCCCCGCGAGGGCUACUGCCAGGCCCAGGGCCCUGUGGCUGCAGUGCUGCUCAUGCACAUGCCUGCUGAGCAAGCCUUCUGGUGCCUGGUGCAGAUCAGUGAGCGCUACCUGCCCGGUUACUACAGCCCUGAGAUGGAGGCAGUGCUGCUGGAUGGCGAGGUCUUCGUGGCGCUGCUGCGGCGCGUCUGCCCCAAGGCCUACAAGCACCUGCAGAAGCACAGUGUGGGGCCGCUGCUCUACGUCACCGAGUGGUUCCUGUGCCUCUACAGCCGCACCCUGCCCUUCCCCACCGUGCUGCGCAUCUGGGAUGCCUUCCUCAGCGAGGGGGUGAAGGUGCUGUUCCGGGUGGGGCUGGUGCUGGUGCGCCUGGCACUGGGCUCCUCGGAGAAUCUGCGGGAUUGCACGGGCAUUGUGGAAACACUGGAAAAGCUGCGCAGCAUCCCAGCCCGCCUACUGCAGGAGGACAUGUUCAUGGCCGAGGUUCACAACGUGGCCGUCUCGGACCGCGAUGUGGAGCGCGAGUGCCGGACCCAGCUAGCCAAGCUGCGCAAGGUCCGGCCUGAUUUCGGGUACCGCCCGGAGCAGCGCCUGCCCAACGCCAAAGCCAUCUUCGACACCCAGCAGCUGGAGGAUGCGCAGCAGCCCGGGAAGGGCAGGCACCCAGCGCCCACCUUCCUCAUCCCAGAGAUUGUGGUGGACCCCCCACCCCCACCCCCCAAGGAGCAGCGCCGGAUGGAGAGGGAGCGGCUGAAGGAGCAGCGCCGGCAGGAGAAGGAGCAGCGCCGGCAGGAGCAGGAGUGGCGCCGGCAGGAGGAGGCAGCCGAGAAGCAGGCUCGGAAGAAGAAGCCCCCAGGCAGGAAGAAACCAGACACGCGUGGCAAGACUUUCCAUGUGGCCCAGCGCCCCAUGCUCAGCCUAGCACAAGAGAGCGGGGAAGGGGAGGAGCCUGGCCCCGCCAAGAGAAACUCUGCCCCCUACCUGGAGACCUAUUUCUGAAUGGGUGGGGCAGGGCCUGCCCUAGCAAGAGACACUCCGCCCCUUGCUGGAGACAUGUUUUGAAUGGCAGGGGUGGAGCCUGCCCCACCAAGAGAGACUCCACCCCCUACCUGCUCAAUGGAUGGAGAGGAGACAGUGUGGGGCAUUGUGUUGAAGAGGGAAGGGGUCUUGGGCUCAGAGGGCUGAGACCCCCCUGCGUCCUGUAGCGCCAAUCAGCAAGGCCAGAUUCUCCCUCAACCCCCAUCAGUAUUCACACUGGGGCCCAGUGAGUGGAGAACCUGCCUACUGCGAUCUGGCCACUGGUGUCAGCAACACAGACAGUCCGGUCCCUGCCUGGGCCUUGCUCACUCACACGCACUGCCCGUCCUUUGGCUCUGGGCCUGCCCCUCCUUUGGAGACCUGACAGAGCAAUCAGUGCACAGGUGCCAUGGGCACACAGCUCGUUGCCUGAGAGCCAGGUCCCUGGGAACCGCAGCAGCCGCCCUGUGAAUACUGCAGCCUAUGAUCAGAGCGGGAAGAGGGGGGCAGAUUGAAAACAUAAAGGGAAAUGAAACUUCCUUCUGCGGUCCCCCCCCCCCCCCGAGCUGGGGCCAGGCUGGGGAGUGGGGCUGAUGAGCCACUGCUUGGCAGCGUGUCUGUGUAGAUGGUAUUAAAAGUUUGUCCUGGGGGCAAAGGCCGAUCACAA